ACUCGUCAUGGUGACGUACACACAGGAGCGACCGUUAUAACUUGACAGUUGAACAGCCAUGAACCUGCUCUGCUGCUAAAAUGAGCUCGUCAGCAACAUAACACACAUUUCAAACUUUUCAAACUUGAUUUAUUUUUGCGUAUCGGCAUGAACUGAAACGACCCUCGGCUGUGCUGCACCUGUACAAUCAUUUUUUUUGCGGACCAAAGGUUGUUUUACAGACACCACCAUGUCGUUUCUGGUGGACUCAGUCAUCAUGUUCACCUCACAGGUGCUGUUCUUUGGAUUUGGCUGGUUAUUCUUCAUGCGGCAGCUGUUCAAAGAUUAUGAGGUGCGACAGUACAUCGUCCAGGUGGUUUUCUCCGUCACGUUUGCUUUUUCAUGUACCAUGUUUGAGCUCAUCAUCUUUGAGAUUCUGGGUGCCUUAAGUAGUAGUUCCAGGUAUUUCCACUGGAAGUUGAAUCUGUAUGUGAUACUGCUGGUUCUAAUCUUCGUGGUGCCUUUCUACAUUGGUUACUUUGUUGUCAGCAACAUACGCCUUUUGCAGAGACAGAAGCUUCUGUUCGCUUGCAUGGUGUGGUUCACCUUCAUGUAUUUCUUCUGGAAGUUGGGAGACCCAUUCCCCAUCCUGAGUCCAAAACAUGGCAUCCUCUCCAUCGAGCAGCUAAUCAGUCGUGUUGGCGUGAUUGGAGUCACACUCAUGGCUCUGUUGUCUGGGUUUGGUGCUGUCAACUGUCCCUACACAUACAUGUCCUAUUUCCUCAGAAACGUAACAGACAGUGACAUUCUUGCUCUGGAGAGACGACUGCUCCAGACUAUGGACAUGAUUGUCAGCAAGAAGAAACGAAUUGCCAUGACACGGAGGCAGAUGUACCAGCGGGGGGAAGACCAGAACAAACAGACAGGAUUCUGGGGAAUGAUCAAGAGUGUCACCUCCACACAAACAGGAAGCGAAAACCUCUCAUUGAUCCAGCAGGAGGUUGAUGCUCUGGAGGAGCUGAGUCGACAACUCUUUCUUGAGACAGUGGACCUGCAAGCCACCAAGGAGCGAAUCGAGUACUCGAAGACAUUCCAGGGGAAAUACUUCAACUUCCUCGGCUACUUCUUUUCCAUCUAUUGUGUUUGGAAAAUCUUCAUGGCCACUAUAAACAUUGUGUUCGAUCGAGUUGGAAAGACGGAUCCAGUGACGAGGGGCAUUGAAAUCACAGUGAACUACUUGGGCAUCCAGUUUGAUGUAAAAUUUUGGUCCCAGCACAUCUCUUUCAUCUUGGUGGGAAUCAUAAUCGUCACAUCCAUUCGUGGCUUACUCAUUACCCUCACAAAGUUCUUCUACGCGAUAUCGAGCAGCAAGUCCUCCAAUGUCAUUGUGCUCGUCCUCGCUCAGAUCAUGGGGAUGUAUUUUGUGUCAUCUGUGCUGCUGAUGCGUAUGAGCAUGCCGCUAGAGUACCGCUCCAUCGUGACAGAGGUUCUGGGAGAGCUGCAGUUCAACUUCUACCACCGCUGGUUUGACGUCAUCUUCCUGGUCAGCGCCCUGUCCAGCAUCCUCUUCCUGUAUCUCGCCCACAAGCAGGCGCCAGAGAAACACAUGACCCUGUGAUUCUCUACACGUCUCCCCACCUGAACGUGACUUCUGACCACUGGUGUGACUUUCAAUCUGGAUUUAAGAGAUAUCCAGAACUAGCUUUUUUAUAUAUAGGACAUAAUUCUAUGGAUUGCCCUAUUCCUGAAUCAGGAAUGGCUAAUUGUUGGGUGCGAGUGAUGGGGAACUAUCAGAGCACGCGAGGAAACGGCUUUGAAACUGGACUUCUCUUCAAUUAGAAAAAACUUGCAGAACAAAUAGUAUUAUUAAGAAUUUGAUUCUACCCAUAAAUGCAACCACUUUUCUUUUCUCUGUGCUCUAAAAUGUUUAUUAUUUUGGCCAAAAUGAUCUUUACUCUUUUGUCUGAACACACUGGAGCUGUUCUGUUCACAGCACAUCCCUUCUUCUUUUUUCACUGAGGUGUAAAUGGACUCUAUGAAGGAAAGAUCACAUGUGAUCUCCGUCCUGAAGCAGCUGUUCUUUUUAACAGGAUUUGUCAUUUAAUCGGGAACAAAAACAUACCCAUAAAGUAUGUUUUACUUGGAUAGUAUGUGUUCAUUUAUUUGUGUUUCAUUUCAGAAAUGGGAAUAACAGUUAAUUUUUAGAGCAUUAAAUAAGGCAGCAGUCUUUGCAUAGAGGAAAAUAUAUGGAACUCUACAUUAUUCACUGGUAACAUUAAAAGCUAAGCUUAGCUUAGGUUCCGCAGAUUAGCUUUUAUAUUGAACACAUUACAUUGGUAAUCUCAGGAUUUGGACAGAUCAUUGCAGAGGUUCAUUCAUGAUUCUCACAUCAAAUGACAACAAAUGCAUUCAUAAACAUGUUUUGUUCUCAGCGCUCUUUCACGUGGUACUGUUCAGCUAUGAUUGACAUAUUGGCAGUAAAUUUCAAAAGUCUU